AUGGCUGAUUUUUCUCUCACUCAGGAGGAUCUGCAAUUGUUGAUUGCUGCCAACGCCCACUUGGGCUCCAAGAACACUAACGUUCACAACACCUCAUACAUUUUCAAGACCAGACCAGAUGGUGUUAACAUUAUCAACGUUAACAAGACCUGGGAGAAGAUUGUCUUGGCUGCAAGAAUCAUUGCUGCUAUUCCAAACCCAGCUGACGUUGUUGCCGUUUCUUCGAGAAUCUACGGUCAGAGAGCUGUCUUGAAGUUUGCUUCUCACACCGGUGCUACUGCCAUUGCUGGUAGAUUCACUCCAGGUUCGUUCACCAACUACAUCACCAGAUCUUUCAAAGAGCCAAGAUUAAUCAUCGUGACAGACCCAAGAACCGAUGCUCAAGCUAUCAAAGAAUCUUCUUACGUCAACAUCCCAGUGAUCGCUUUGGUCGACUGCGACUCUCCAGCUGAGUACAUCGAUGUUGCUAUUCCAUGUAACAACAAGGGAAAGCACUCCACUGGUUUGAUCUGGUGGUUGCUCGCUAGAGAAGUCUUGAGACUCAGAGGUACCCUUUUGAACAGAGAAGAGCCAUGGGCUGUUAUGCCAGAUCUGUACUUCUACAGAGACCCUGAAGAGCCAACACAGGAGGCCAAGAACGAGGAGGGUGCCGACCUUGACGAGGCUGCUGCUGAAACCGGAGAGGCUGAGUGGACUGCUGAGCCAACUAACGCUGACUGGGCUCAGUCUUCCUCUGCUGCUGAUUGGGCUGCUGAGGGUGCUGAGCAGACCGAGAACACUGAGUCGUGGUGA